GUUGGUUUGCUUUUUUUGUUGGGGCUUGCUUCCCCUCCCCUAGCUAGCCAACGUCACAAAAUCCCGGAAGUGUCAGUCUGAAAACAGACCCGUCGCUGUUAGCUAGCUGAGUGUUUCAAAAUCUAUUUGCUAAAUCGUCGCAUUUUAAACAGCUUAUACAAACGAAAUACUCAUAUUUAUCUUUUAGAAAAUGGGAACCAGAGAUGAUGAAUACGAUUAUCUGUUUAAAGUGGUUCUGAUAGGAGACUCGGGUGUGGGCAAGAGCAACCUGCUCUCUCGUUUCACCCGGAAUGAGUUUAACCUGGAGAGUAAGAGCACCAUUGGAGUGGAGUUUGCCACCCGCAGUAUCCAGGUGGAUGGGAAAACGGUGAAGGCUCAGAUCUGGGACACGGCAGGACAGGAGCGCUACCGGGCUAUCACCUCAGCGUACUACAGAGGCGCGGUGGGGGCCCUGCUGGUCUAUGACAUCGCCAAGCACCUGACCUAUGAAAAUGUGGAGCGGUGGUUGAAGGAGCUGAGAGACCAUGCAGACACCAACAUCGUCAUCAUGCUGGUUGGCAACAAGAGUGACCUGCGCCACCUCCGGGCCGUGCCCACCGACGAGGCUCGGGCGUUCGCAGAGAAAAACGGUUUGUCUUUCCUUGAGACGUCAGCCCUGGAUUCCACCAAUGUUGAAACGGCUUUCCAGACCAUUCUGACAGAAAUCUAUCGUAUCGUCUCUCAGAAGCAGAUGUCAGAGCGUCAGGAGAGCGACAUGUCUCCUAGCAACAAUGUGGUCAACAUCCAGGUGCAGCCCACUGAGAACAAACCAAAGAUGCAGUGCUGUCAGAACAUCUAGCCCCUUCCACGCUACCACUACACCUCCACCCCCUUAUAUACCCUGUACCCCCACCUCCACCCCCUUAUAUACCCUGUACCCCCACCCCCUUAUAUACCCUGUACCACACCUCUAACCCCUCAUAUACCCUGUAUCCCCACCUCUACCCCCUCAUAUACCCUGUACCCCCACCUCUACCCCCUCAUAUACCCUGUACCCCCACCUCUACCCCCUAACCCCUUAUGUACCCUGUACCACACCUCUAACCCCUCAUAUACCCUGUAUCCCCACCUCUACCCUCUCAUAUACCCUGUACCCCCACCUCUACCCCCUCAUAUACCCUGUACCCCCAC